CAGUGCAUCACCCGGCAACUGCAGCCUUCCUGUGAAAUUCAUCUUUAGCUUCUCCUCAGUUAGGCUGGUCUGAUUCUUCACUUUGGGGGUGUGAACAUGGUGAGCAGAUUUUUCUGUAUGGUUCAUUCCUUUCCCCCACCCUUCUUCUAAAUGCUUCCCUGGACUGAUUGAUGAAUCAUUCCUCAUCUGGUCCACUGUUCAGAGGACAGAAAUGGAAAAUGUAAUCUCAUGCAGCAGGGAUGGAUUUUUUUAAAAAAAGUCUUUUGCAAUGUGAAUCAUGAAAAAAUCCUUUAAAAUCUGUCUGCUAGGAACAGCCCACAGGUUUUAGAAUGAAGUGCACUGCAUACAAGGAAUGGUACUAUCCUCAGGUAAAGCAGACAAGCAGUGUGCAUCAUGAUGGAGCAUGCCUGUAAGGUGAGUAAGAAAAUGUAGUGGACAGAGGCAAGGAAGAGAAGCCUCAAGUGGUGGAACGGAGGGUUCUCUCUGUUUGGGAUUUCACCCUCCCUAUCACGCUGCCUCACAAUGUCAAAGAAGAGUGCCAGCAGCCGAGCUAAGGGAGAAAAGCCUGAUGCCUUAGCUGUCUUACAAGCUGCCAAUGAAGAGCUCAGGACAAAACUAACAGACAUUCAAAUAGAGCUCCAACAAGAGAAGAGUAAGAUCAGCAAAUUGGAACGAGAGAAAAAUCAGGAAGUUAAACAGAUCAAAGAGCACGAACAGCAUAAAAACACGGUGUUGGUCACAGAACUGAAGGCCAAGCUUCAUGAAGAGAAAAUGAAGGAACUCCAGGCUGUUCGAGAAGCACUUUUGAGACAGCAUGAAGCUGAGCUUCUUAGAGUCAUAAAGAUUAAAGAUAAUGAAAACCAGAGAUUACAAGGCCUUCUUAAUGCUGUGCGAGAUGGGGCUCCUGAUAAGGUUAAAACAGUGCUUUUCACAGAAGCGAAAGAAGAAGCCAGGAAAGGGUUUGAAUCGGAGAAAGUAAAAAUGCAGCAAGAAAUUUCAGAACUUAAGGGGGCUAAGAGACAAGUGGAAGAAGCCUUAACUUUGGUCAUUCAAGCUGACAAAAUUAAAGCAGCAGAGAUAAGGAGUGUGUAUCACUUACACCAAGAGGAAAUCAGCAGGAUCAAGAGGGAAUGUGAAAGAGAAAUUCGCAGACUGAUGGAGGAAAUAAAAUUUAAAGACAGAGCAGUCUACGUGCUGGAAAGAGAGUUAGGGGUUCAAGCCGGGCAUGCUCAGAGACUUCAGCUCCAAAAGGAGGCUUUAGAUGAACAACUUUCCCAGAUCAAAGAGUCUGAUCGACAUCUGAGCAGCCCCAAACGGGAACUUCCUUAUGCAAGUGGUGCAGGAGACGCUUCAGAUCAUUCAGGAAGCCCCGAACAGCAGCUGGAUGAAAAAGAUGCCCGGCGUUUCCAACUUAAAAUUGCUGAGCUAAGUGCAAUCAUCCGGAAGCUGGAAGAUCGGAAUGCAUUGCUGUCCGAAGAAAGAAAUGAGCUUUUAAAACGUCUAAGAGAAGCAGAAAGUCAGUAUAAACCUCUCCUGGACAAAAAUAAGCGUCUCAGUAGGAAGAAUGAAGAUUUAUCCCAUGCCUUACGUCGAAUGGAAAAUAAAUUGAAAUUUGUAACACAAGAGAACAUAGAAAUGAGACAAAGAGCUGGAACAAUUAGGAGACCAAGCUCUUUAAAUGAUCUAGACCAAAGUCAAGAAGAAAGAGAAGUUGAAUUUCUGAGGCUACAAAUUAUUGAACAGCAAAAUAUCAUAGAUGAACUCUCUAAGACCCUUGAAACUGCUGGCUAUGUGAAGAGUGUGAUAGAACGUGACAAGCUUUUAAGGUACAGGAAACAAAGGAAGAAAAUGAUAAAGCUCCCUAAGAAGCCGGUCGUGGAGACAUUUUUUGGCUAUGAUGAAGAAGCUUCUCUGGAGUCUGAUGGUUCUUCUAUCUCGUAUCAAACUGACAGAACAGAUCAGACGCCUUGCACUCCAGAUGAUGAUUUGGAAGAGGGCAUGGCCAAAGAAGAAACGGAACUGAGAUUUCGGCAGUUGACAAUGGAAUAUCAGGCUUUGCAACGAGCAUAUGCUCUGUUGCAAGAACAGGUCGGAGGAACAUUGGAUGCAGAACGAGAAGUUAAGACGCGUGAGCAGCUCCAAGCAGAAAUACAUAGAUCACAAGCUCAGAUUGAGGACCUAGAAAAGGCACUUGCUGAGCAGGGACAGGACAUGAAGUGGAUUGAGGAGAAGCAAGCAUUAUAUAGAAGAAAUCAAGAACUCGUAGAAAAGAUAAAACAACUGGAAACAGAAGAAGCUCGGUUAAAACAUGAUGUCCAGGAUGCUAAAGAUCAAAAUGAACUCCUGGAGUUCAGAAUUUUAGAGCUUGAAGAGAGAGAAAGAAGAUCACCUGCUAUCAACUUUCAUCACAUUCCUUUUACUGAGGGAAAAAGUCCUCUCCAAGUUUACUGUGAAGCAGAAGGUGUAACAGAUAUACUAGUAGCGGAGCUAAUGAAAAAGUUGGACAUUUUAGGGGAUAACGCCAAUCUGACUAACGAAGAGCAAGUAGUUGUCAUACAAGCAAGGACAGUUCUGACGCUGGCUGAAAAGUGGCUACAGCAGAUAGAAGUGACAGAAUCUGCACUGCAGCAAAAGAUGCUAGAUCUUGAGAAUGAAAAGGCGCUAUUUAGUAAACAAAAGGGAUAUUUGGAUGAUGAACUUGACUACAGGAAACAGUCUUUGGAUCAAGCACACAAGCAAAUUCUGGAAUUAGAAGCCAUGCUGUAUGAUGCCCUGCAGCAAGAUGCUGGAGCCAAAAUGUCAGAAAUUCUUUCAGAAGAGGAGAAAAGCAAGCUGAAGAAUGCUGUAGAACAAUGGAAACGUCAAGUUUCGAGUGAACUCCGAGAGAGAGAUGCCCAGAUUUUGCGUGAAAGAAUGGAGCUCAUUCAACAUGCACAGCAGAGAAUUAAGGAACUAGAAGAAAGAAUUGAAGGUCAAAAAAGACAAAUAAAAGAAUUAGAAGAAAAGUUUUUAUUUUUGUUUUUAUUUUUCUCUUUAGCUUUCAUUCUUUGGUCAUAGUUCAUCAGCCCACGUACUGACGAUUAUUGAGGAAGCUAAAAAUGCUUACACUCAUACUGAGCAAGACAGCAUUGGUCACCAAGAUGAAAUAAAAAAGAAAACAUUGCAAUU